AUGGACUCUACACUUUGUUUACCUUCUUCUAAAGAAGAGGUAGAGGAAUUAAUAGAAAAAGCAAAAGAUUGGGCGCUUAUGCAUGGAAUGUGUAUGAGAUCAAAACAAAAUUUUAACAAAAAUACUCUCCAAUUUACUCCUUUUGUUCUCUUGCCUUCUCCAUUUCCAAGAAAAGAAUUUGAAAAUGCAUGUCAGAUUCAAAUAAUACUAAAUAUACUUAUACACAAAGUUGCACAAGAUUACUAUUUUUUGAAAGAAACUUUAGAAGAAACAAUAAAAGUUGAUGAUUUUAUUAAAAACUUAUUUGAAAUUUGUAAAAUUAUGAAGAGGGAAGGAGGAUCAGCACAAAAAAUAUCUCUUGGUAUAUUGCGUUCAGACUUAAUGUUGGAUACAACUUGUCCGAAAAAAGGUUCAAAUGAAAUAUCUUUACCAUAUUGUUGCUGGAAACAAGUUGAAAUAAAUACAAUUGCUUCUGGGUUUGGUUGGUUAGGACCUGUUUCAACAGAAUUACAUAAAUUUGUGUUGAGAGAACUUGGUUAUAACAAAGAAACAGAAAAUCUUUCAGAAAAUAAUGCAUUACAAGUAAUAUGUUCCACUAUAGUUGAAGCAUGGAAGAUAUAUGGGAAUCAACAAGCAGUAAUUUUAUUUGUUAUUGAAGAUAUUACAUAUAAUAUAUGUGACCAACGUUUCCAUGAAUUUGAAAUCAAAAAGCAAAAUCCAGAUAUUAAAAUCAUUCGCAGAAACUUAACACAGUUAGCAACUACUGCAAAAUUGGGUAGUAAAAAAGAAUUGAUAGUAGAUAACUAUGUUGUAGCCAUAGUAUAUUAUAGAUGUGGAUAUGAACCUGAACAAUACCAUUCGCAGAAAGAAUGGGAUGUAAGAUUAUUAAUAGAGAGAUCAUUAGCAAUUAAAUGUCCUACUUGUGCAGAAAUAAGAGAAAUAUUCACUGAGCUUUAUGGAUUAGACUUUAAUGAACAUGGAGAUGCUGCUAUAGAAAUGGGAAUUGCUGAUCCACAUCGUUUUGUAUUAAAACCUCAACGGGAAGGAGGUUGCAAUAACAAAUAUGGAUUAGAUAUAAAACAUUUUCUAGAGUCUGUAAAGGAUAAGCAAGAUAGAGUAGCUUGGAUUCUUAUGGACAAAAUUCAUCCUCCGAUUCAUAGAAGUUACAUAAUUAGACCUGAUGAUAAUAUGAAUGCAGAACUCCAAGAAUUAGUUUCUGAAUUAGGAAUAUUUGGUGUUAUAAUUGCAGAUGAAAAAAACAUAUUUGUUAAUAAGCAAAGUGGUCAUAUGUUACGAACAAAAUUAGCUACUGCUAAUGAAGGUGGUGUUGCAACAGGUUUAGCUUUACCAGAUGUUAUACAUGCUGUGGCAAAAUAUGAAGUAGGACAUGAACCGAGAGAAAUUUUUUUUUUCCGAGAAGGUACUAUAGUAAUGUGGAACAUCUCUGAAUUUGAAUGUGAAAAUAUAUUAUACUUUCUAAAAAAAUAUGAACAAAAUUGUUACAUGGAACAUAUUACACAAUCUGAGAGUGAAUGCAUGAAUUAUAGUUAUGCAGAUAAUGGAAAAAGAAGUCAUAUAAGGAAUGGUAAUAUCAUGUUAACUUUAAAUGCAACAAAUUUAGAUAAGUAUACAUUUUCAAAUGCAAUGGCACAAUCAGUGAAAUUAGGUAUAUGGGAAGCAUCUUUAAAUAAUUAUAUAGAUUCCAUAGAAUUUGUUACUGAGGAUUUGAAAGCUGGAAGAAAACUUAGAAUGACUAAGUCUGAAGUAUUAAGAAAACAAGGGGAAUUAUUUGCAUUACGGCAUUCAAUUAAUUUAAGUUCAGAUUUAUUAGAUAGUCCUGAUUUCUAUUGGGAUAUGGAUGAUUUAGAACGUGUUUAUCAAGAGACUUGUUCAUAUUUUAAUAUCGCAAAACGUACAAGAGUUAUAAAUGAAAAAUUAAAUCAUUGUGUGGAGCUUGUGAGUAUUUUAUCUGCACAUUUAAGUGAUCGGCAUCAUAUUCGUUUAGAGUGGAUGAUUAUUGUUCUUAUUAUGGUUGAAGUUGCUUUUGAAAUACUACAUUAUAUUGACAAAUAUUUUUCAUAA